AUGACAGGAAACAAUGAAGAGCCUCCUAGUGAUUUUUUCUAUAAUGGGCCUGAGCAUGAACAUGAGCCUGAGCAUGGGCAUGAGUCUGUGCAUGAGCCUGAGUCACCAAUGGUUCAGACGCCCCAUUAUUCGGGUAGACAUGGUGGAUCAAAUGAUGCAAAUUCGAAUGGAUCUCACAGGCCAUUUAUCACACGAAAGGGGUACAAUCUAUAA